UAACCCGAGCUACAAAGAGGGGGAGCGUCCGGGCGGAGGAGGGCGGAGCGGCGGCGGUGCCGGGGCAUCUCCGCCGCCCUCCCGCGGGGAAGGAGCCCGGGACCCGGCCUCGGCCCCCACGCGGGGCCGCCCUGCGCCCGCGCCCGCCGGAGCCAUGAAGAAGAACAACCCCUCCAAGAGGGGGCUGCAGGACGGAAACCAUCAGUCCGCACCGCCAGAGAAGGUCGGCUGGGUCCGGAAAUUCUGCGGGAAGGGGAUUUUCAGGGAGAUUUGGAAAAACCGCUAUGUAGUGCUGAAAGGAGACCAGCUCUACAUCUCUGAGAAGGAGGUGAAAGAUGAGAAAAAUAUUCAAGAAGUGUUUGACCUGAGUGACUAUGAGAAGUGUGAAGAGCUCCGAAAAUCCAAGAGCAGAAGCAAGAAAAAUCAUAGCAAGUUUACUCUUACCCACUCCAAGCAGCCGGGUAACACGGCACCCAACCUGAUCUUCCUGGCAGUGAGUCCAGAAGAGAAGGAGUCGUGGAUCAACGCCCUCAACUCCGCCAUCACCCGAGCAAAGAACCGCAUCUUGGAUGAGGUCACCGUUGAGGAGGACAGCUAUCUCGCACACCCCACAAGAGACAGGGCAAAAAUCCAGCACUCCCGCCGCCCCCCAACUCGGGGACACCUCAUGGCUGUGGCUUCCACCUCUACCUCGGAUGGGAUGCUGACCUUGGACCUGAUCCAAGAAGAGGACCCUUCCCCUGAGGAGUCUACUUCCUGUGCGGAGAGCUUCCGGGUGGACCUGGACAAAUCUGUGGCCCAGCUGGCAGGCUGUCGGCGGAGAGCAGACUCGGACCGCAUCCAGCCUUCCUCAGAGCGGGCCAGCAGCCUUCCCCGGCCUUGGGAAAAGCCCAACAAGGGGGCCACCUACACCCCCCAGGCCCCCAAGAAGUUGACGCCCACAGAGAAAGGCCGCUGUGCCUCCCUGGAGGAGAUCCUGUCUCAGCGGGACACGGCCCCUGCCCGCAUCCUCCAGCUGCGGGCUGAGGAGUCUCCAGCCCCCGGCCCACCCCACCCAGGGCAGCUGUCCCGCAUCCAGGACCUGGUAGCAAAGAAACUGGAGAAGACUCAGGAGCUGCUGGCAGAGGUUCAGGGACUGGGAGAUGGCAAGCGGAAGGCCAAGGACCCCCCUCGGUCUCCUCCUGAGUCUGAGUCAGAGCAGCUGCUGCUGGAGACAGAGCGGCUGCUGGGAGAGGCCUCAUCGAACUGGAGCCAGGCAAAGCGGGUGCUGCAGGAAGUCAGGGAGCUGAGGGACCUGUACAGACAGAUGGACCUGCAGACAUCGGACUCCCACCUCAGACAGACCACCCAGCACAGUCAGUACCGGAAGAGCUUGAUGUGAAGGAAGACUCGUCGGGAACUUGGUGGGGGCGGACAGACUCUUAUCUCCAAGUGUUUGCAGGAUAAAGCUUUUUUAUUUACCUCAAUCAAAAAAAAAAAAAACCCACAAACACAAACUCAUUGCUCUUGCUGGUGCCUGACCCCUACCACUCUGCUCUGCCCCUACCCUCUCUCCUUACUUAGCCCCCCACCACUUUUGAGGAAAGGUGACCCCGAUAGCAGGAAUAAGGAGAGAGAGAAGGGUCGCACAGGCAACCCGCUCGCUUGCCAGACACUGCCUGCCUCGCGGGCCUGUGGCUGAUGGACAGAGGCACACACAGGCUUCUAAAUCCAUGGGGGCUGGGGAGAGCAGGUUUUCUCGUAUGUCCCAUUCCACACUUUCAAUCUGAGGGUGAAAUUUCAGCUGCCCAACUCUAGUUCUGGGGAUGUGGAGGCCAAGGCCACCUGUCCAUGCCAUAGGAGAAGUGAAAUUUACCCCAGCCCUGCAGAGGAUGUGUGGAAUUAAACUCUCAGUCUCUCAAGAUUGAGCUGCCUUGGGCUGGGGCCAAGCAGGGCUCAGUGGUAGAGCAGUUGUCCAGCACGGUGAGGACCUGGGUUCCAUCCCCAUACUGCAAAAAAGGAGUGGGGGGUUACUGGCGGGAUUGGGCUGCCCUUCCCUACAGAGAUACUGCCUCCACUGGAUGGACUAGCUUGGUCAUUUGACUAGGAGGCCUGGCACAGGGGAACUGGGAACUGCUGACCCCAUGGAAGAACUGAAUUAAGAAUGAAACUGAUUUGUGAUACAAGCUGAGUAGGAUGAAGAGGGAAACCAAACCUAUGUCUGGGUUCCUCUUUCAGCCAGGCAAGGGUUUCCUAUAGUCUCCCCCUCCUCCUGCAGACCCAGUGCCGAGCAGCUCAGCUCAGAGGACCCUGCUCGAGUACCAGCCUGCAGCUGCUGGGCUUCCUUACAUGCUUGUCCACAGUAGGAUCCACAACUCAAUUUAUUUUAUUUGCUGCUUUUCUCUGAAGUGUCUGAAAUCAGGUGUAAUAACAGUGAUAAGUUCCACAGGGGAGUUGUGAACAUACAAAUUAUGUUUGGAAAGAAGGGGACAGAAAGCCUCAUGAAUCAAGUGAAUGAGGGGCUAGAAAACCCUUGAAAAGCUUCUUGAUCCUUCUCCCUAAAUUUCUCACCCCCAAGAGCUGAGUCCUAGAACUUCAGCGGCUGUGAGUGGGGAGGAGAGAGAGGAAAUGGAGACAAGUUCCUUGUAGAACUUGGCCGUGAGGCUGCCUUGGUGUUAGGGAGCUGGACUACGAGAGAGAGGAAAACGCUAUGGGAGAAGCAGAAACCCUUCAGUUCCCCUUCUGCUGCAGCCACCUGAGCAAAGGGGGCCUACAUUAAACCAGCCAGGGAAGAGGGACUCGCUCUCUCUCCCCCCGCACUCCCUGUCACGAAGGCUUGUCCUGUAUCAGGCCUGUAGUUAUGUAGUCUGUUCCCCAAAACAAGCAUCCUACUUGAGUCAGGGAAAGUGUGGCGGUGCCACCGUGCUGUCCUGCCCAGGGUCUCCUUAGGGACGACAAGAGGGAACCGAGGUCUGCAGGCUUCCUGUCCUCCAGGUAGGCUCCACUCCCAAACUCAGCCUGUGCUACAAAUAUUGAAAGUCUGAGUUAAAAUUACACUUUCUUAUAAAUCUC